AUGGAGCAGCAGGGGGCGGCGCCGUCCAGCAGCACCAGCACCAGCACCAACAGCAGCCGGAGCACGUCGGACCAUCCCCACCACGCGGCCGCCGCGCAGCACCACCAUCCAUUCUACUACGCAGCCACUGCGGCGGCUACGGGCGCCGCGCCACCGCCUCCGCCGUCCUUCAUGGGCUCGCUCGCGAUGGUUCCUGUGGCCACGCCGACGGGAGGGCAGACCACCCACCAGCACCAGGCGAUAACGGUUGCCGAGCCGCCGGCGGAGAAGAAGGUGGCGAAGCGGCCCACCAAGGACCGCCACACCAAGGUGGACGGGCGCGGGCGCCGGAUACGGAUGCCGGCGCUGUGCGCGGCGCGGGUCUUCCAGCUCACGCGCGAGCUCGGCCACAAGACCGACGGCGAGACCGUCGAGUGGCUCCUGCAGCAGGCCGAGCCCGCCAUCGUCGCCGCCACGGGCACCGGCACCGUCCCCGCCAACUUCUCAACCCUCGCCGCCUCCCUCCGCCCCGGGGCCUCCUCCCGCGCCGCGCCCUUCCAGCACCACCUCCACCACCAGCCGCAGCACGACGUCGGUGCCAUGCUCGGGUUCCACGGCCACCACCAGCACCAGCUGCUCCCGCCGCAGCAGCAGCACCAGCACCCGGAGGCGCCGCAAGAUCCUGGCGCUGGGGAGUUCAUGAGGAAGCGGUAUAGGGAGGCAGACGACCUGUUCAAGGACAGCGCACGCCACCAAGACCCCGCCGGCGCCGCAGCGGGUGGCGGUGACUCCGGGCAGCAGAAACCAAGGCCAACGCCGCCGCCAACUGCUGUUUCGGGGGCAAUGUGGGCCAUGGCGCCGAACAACGGCGCAGGCGGUGGCGGCGCCUUCUGGAUGCAGCCGGCGUGGACCUUCGCCGCUGGGAACACGGUGCAGGCGCCGCUGCAGUUCAUGGCAAGAAGCAGCUACCCUGGAGGGAUAGGCGAACCGAACCUCGGCAUGCUCGCGGCCCUCAACUCCUGCGGUCGCUCCACUGGCGCCGGCGAGCAGCAUCAGCAGCAGCAGGAGGAAGGUCAGCCGCCCGAGAUGGAUCAGAACCGCCGAGGCAGCACCAGCGCCAGCGCGAACGGCGGCGAGGCCGGCCACUCCGCCGCAAGCCCGCAGUAAGCCAGCAAGCUAGCAACCAACGAACCAUCCAUUUGAGCAACCAAUCAUGCAAGCAUCUGCCAUAUGCUGAUAAGAGUGUUUGGAGCAUUUAGCUAGUUGCUGAUGUUGCACUAGUUUAUUACUCAAAUCAACCAAUUGUUUAGCUUGUUCUUUUCUAUUGGAGAUUAUUUUAGUUUGCCUUUCAUUAAUCCAUUGUUUGUGUUGAUGGAGGUGAUGAUUAGCAGUGGGUCCAAUUGAAUCAGACACCAUUUGUUUAUGGUC